AUGGCUCCCUCCUUUCUAAGCUUCAAGGAACUUCGAAGACGAUCGCGAGCUAGUUUCCGUACCGACCAUUCCACUGACGGCUCAAGUUACGAUGAACAGCAGAGUCAAGACACAACGCCCACUAACGGGUCAAUCACGCCUCCUUCUAUAACUGCCCAAUCCGAUCCGGGAGUCCCUACGCAAUCCAAAGACCUACUGCAACCCCCUCCGAUUCCAGCUAAUAGGCCCCCUCCUCAGCCUAAUUCCAACCGGUAUAGUAGUGUAUCGGGGAUGGCUGGAUUGGGAUCUCCUGCUCUCAAUGGCAAAACCUCGUUACCUCAAUCGCAAUACGCCCCUCGACUAACUAACAUUGGGGAGAAUACUUGGGUCUCGCAAAAGAUCCUUCUUGUCAAUGGUACGAUUGGAGAAGCAGGUCAAAAAGCCCCGGAAGGAACUGCUACGGUUUGUAGGCUAGACGAUGGAUUCCCACCUACGUAUUGGCCGGUUUGUGAAUCGCAGUUCAAAGCGUUGGUAUAUCUCAUGCCCGGUGCAAAUAGAUUGCGUUUCGACUUCUCGAGCCCCAAGCUCGCAAACAGCGGCACCUCAAAUCCGAUUCAUUCGUCCUAUAUCACCGUACAUAUGGUCCCUCCCAUGAACUCACCACCGCUACAACUUGCCAUCUUACUCGCGAAGGAUUCUCCCGGUACAUUUGACGCCGUCCCUGCCCGGAUUGAGAAGGAAGGGAAUAAUAUCGAAACGGCCAUUCGCAAAUUCCGAAUGGCUGCUUACCUCUGGCAAGCAUUCACCGCCGAACAGAUGUCGAGGAACAAGCUCGGCCGACGGGUGUUUAGGUUUGAGGAGGAAUGGACGACAGGUACCUGCAAUUAUCGGGAUAGAGAAAUGGGCGCGAUGCGAUCAGAAGCGCGUAUUCACGUUAUCCGAUCAGACAAGACUUUGGCUGAGAUUAGGGACCUUAACUUAGCGCAACAAAAUCCGGAUGCGACAAAAAAGGGUGACCUUUACGGCAUUGCUGCUGACGCUCUCAAGAAUUACUUCAAACCUCUUCCAGGACAGACUCAAUACGUUUCGGUGCUACUUCUAGAUGCUCAUUGGGAUACGAACGCGAAGAUUGUAACGGGGCAUGCUGCUUUAGGAGGCAAUUCCGGCGACUUACACAUGGCGAUUUUUGGAUCCCAUUGCCUGCAAAGCUACCCCACGAGUAUCGAAGAGGUUGUGCCGGCCUUUACUGACUGCACACCUACUGACACCAACUUUGUUGCGAACGACUGUAACGAGGCCGGAAGUUCCUGGGAAGCUGCGAAUAUCGGCAUCGGCGCUCACCUUCACGAAACCGGACACCUCUUCGGAUGUCCGCAUCAGGAGCAUGGCGUUAUGCUCAGGGAUUAUGUCAAGUUAAACCGCUCGUUUGUAUCUCGAGAGGGCUACUCUACUCGGACUAAGUCGAAGGGGGGACCCGUGUCUCAGGCAGACGAAUGCACUUGGCACCGCCUAGAUUGCCUCCGAUUCCGCGCUCACCCUUGCUUUAGACUGCCCAAUGACCCGAUCCUAAAUUCCGACUCAAGUGUCCAGGCCUGGCCGGUCGAGAACGGUCAUGUUCAGAUCACAGCAGCUACGGGAGUCUCAUUUAUAGAGAUCUAUCCGGAGGGCGACGAUUUGUGCCAUACAUGGAUCGAGUAUCCGUUGGAGAACGGUUCAGUGCAGCGUAACCUAACCCUUACAGAACAAGAGCUCCGCGACAAGCUACCCGAGAAUAAGCGGCGUUCGAAGAUAAAGGUCUGCAUCAAAUCUCAUGGCGGUGGAAACCUCGAUAUAAACGACUUUCAUAGCUUGUGCUCGAAAGCAUCAUCGAUUAAGCUAUCUUUUGGAAAAUCGGCUUAUCGCAGUGACAAGCUUGGCUUUUCGCAGAUGGAAGGUAGCCAACCGCAAGAGUUCAUCUUUACAAGUGCGACACAAAAGAACCGAGUGCUCUCUCGUGUUGUGGUCUAUCACGGCUUUGCUUUGGAUGGGAUUGAAUUUUUCUACGACGACGACUCUAGCCAGUUAUUUGGAAAGCGUGGAGGCAAGCCUGGAGGCGAUACGUUUGAGAUGGACAUCCGUCGUGGCGAGUAUAUUACUGGCUUCUUUGUGCGAUCAGGAGUGUGGAUAGAUGGUAUCCAGAUCCUUACGAGCCUUGGGAGGAAAUCUCCCAUUUACGGCAACGCGCACGGUGGCUCUCCUCAUACUCUUCUUCCACCGCGAGGCUACACUCUUUGUGGCGUCUCUGGGUCAUGCGCGGCCUGGGUUGACGGUUUCUCGGUUAUUAUCGCUCGGUAA